AUGACCAUUGUGAAGCGGCACGUGUUCUCGACAGAGCACUAUGUGCGGUAUGCGACAACGACGGGCGGGGCGUCGCUGCUGCAGGAGAUCUCGCAGACGCACUGCGUCGGCCUUAUCCACCAGCUCUCGUGGCUGGCGGGCUUUGCUGGCGAGCUGUUCAACGAGCUGUUCAAGGAGGCAGCGUCGACGUUUGAGCGGAUUCAGGCGCUGCAGACGCGGACGUCUGUGGCGACUGAGCUCUGCUUCCGGUCCAAGGAGAUUAUGGUGGAGAUGUCGACGUCUUCGCUCGUCUCCAACCCGGCGGUGCAGACAUCGUGGAAGGAGAACGGGGUGCAGAGCUGGAAGCAGCAGCUGCUCCUGCCGACCUCGCGGCCGCCGUCAAUUGUGGCUGCAUUUGAGGCGGCGUCGGCGCCGCCGGCGUUCGAUCUCCUCGACCCGUUCACCGACGACCAGACGCCGGGUGGGGCCAUGAAAAAGUACACCAACCCGGACUUCUUCAUCGAGCAGUGGGUCAAGCUGCUGAUGGAGCAGCGCGAGAAGGCGAUUGCCGAGCGCAAGGCGCGGCGCAAGAACCGCAAGAAGAAGAAGAAGGCCGGCGACAAGGAGGCCAAGGUAGAGGCCAAAAAGGUCAAGGUCAAGGAGUUCAAGAACCUCGACAUUGGCGUCAAGGUCAAGGAGAAGCGCGAAAAGGUGCCGUACGACGACCACGUUGCCCGCCCGCAGCUGGUCCUCGACGAGGAUGGUCGCGAGCACAUGCAGUUUGUCAUGCUCCCGCCCGGCGAGUACCGCGAGUUUGCCGUCGCCGAGCAGGUUGCUGUCCAGGAGGUCGAGGUUGUGCUAGAGAAUGCACCUACUGGCGCGACCUCGCUCAACGUCGACGGCGCCCUGACCGCCGAUGCCACUGCCGAGGAGGCGGAGGCUGCUGCUGCUCUCGCUGCCGAGGGCCACGCCUCGGUCGUCAAGGACGGCGGCGCGGUCUCGGUGGCCCGCCGCGCCCCCACUCCGCCGGCGGACGGUUCCGCGCCGACCCGCGCGGCGCCGGCUGCUGGUGGUCGCUCCAACCUGCUCGCCUCGAUCCAGUCGGGCGCCAAGCUCAAGAAGGUGGACCGCCCCGAGCCCAAGUCGCGCGCCGCGCAGGAGCCCUCGCUCCUCGACCAGAUCCGCAAGGGUACCUCGCUCAAGAAGGCGUCGGAGCGCAAGCUGCCCGAGCCCAAGCCGUCGACGACCUCGGCCGGCGGCAUCAACGUCGCCGCCCUCAUGGCUGCCAUGAACACCCGUCGCGCCGUCAUCGACGACGACGACAGUGACGACGACGACGACGACUGGGACGACGACUCGGACGACGGCUGGUGAUCAGCGUAUGGCCGCCCCGGCCACUGCGGUGACGUGUGUGAGUUCAAUGAACAUAGCGCGAGUUUUGCC